CUCCACGCCUUCCUCCGCCGCGGCCUCCGCUCCCGCGGCGCCGUGCUCCGCGCGCACGCCUUCCUCCUCCGCCGCGGCCUCCUCCUCGGCCACCCGGUCCCCUCGGGCCUCCUCCUCUCCGCCGCCGCCGCCUCCACCGCCACCUCCGCCACCCACCUCGUGCGCCUCCUCCUCCGCCACCUGCCCCCGCCGCUCCCGCUCUUCUCCCUCUCGGCCGCCCUCCGUGCCGUCGCCCCGCGCGUGCCCUUCUCCGCGCUGCUCUCCCUCUUCGCCCACCUCCUCCGCGCCCACGCCCCCUCCGGCUUCCCCGACGCCUUCGCCUUCCCGCCGCUGCUCUCCGCGGCCGCCUCCGCGCGCUCCCCGCGCAGCCACCUCCCCGCCGCGCUCGCGCUCCACGCGCAGCUGCUCCGCUGCGGCCUGCUCUUCGCGCCGCCGCCCCACGCCGCCAACGCGCUCCUCCGUUUCUACGGCGCCGCCGGCAGCCUCCCCUCCGCGCGCCACCUGUUCGACGAAAUGCCCUUCAGGGACAUGGCGUCCCACAACACCAUGAUGACGGCCCACGCUGCUGCUCUGGGCGGCGGCCUUGACGCCGCACGCCAGCUGUUCGACGGAAUGCUCCUCAGGAACGUGGUGUCCUGGAACGUCAUGAUCAAUGGGUAUGUGAAGGCGAAGCGGCCUGAGCAGGCUUUGGAGGUGGUGCGGUGGAUGGCAGGGGUCGGGGUAAGGGGUACCGCGACGACAAUGGUCGGGGCGGCCACCGCGUGCGCCAGGCUGGGGAGGCUGGGGUCUGGCAGGGAGGUGCAUUGUGCAUACUUGCGCCGCUUUGAGGAGGAUAACCUCUUGUUUUGGACUUCGCUGGUUGAUAUGUAUGGCAAGUGCCGGAGGGUGGCGGCUGCGAGGAAGGUGUUUGAUCGGCUCAAUGUCCGGAAUGUUGUUUGCUGGAAUGCAAUGAUCAUCGGGCAUUGCGUGUAUGGUGAACCUGCUGAUGGGCUUCAGCUGUUCCAUGAGAUGAUUGGACGAGGGAAGAAUGGUUCAGGUAACCAAUGGGUUCUGCGACCAGAUGAAGUCACUUUCAUUGGUGUACUCUGCGCGUGUACCCGUUUAGGUCUCCUGAAUGAUGGGAAGGUAUAUUUCAACCAGAUGACCACGACGUACAGUCUCAGGCCAACAUUCGCACACUAUUGGUGCAUGGCGAAUCUGUAUGGGAGUGUUGUGAUGAGGCACGACCUCGGAUGUGCCACUGAUUCGGCCCGAUCUUUUACGAUGAAACGGACUCCUUCAAGAUUCACGAUAAAAUCUUCCAAUUACGUGAACAGUACACGUAACCUGAAGAUGGGGUGACAACCACCAACGGAUAAUCCCUCGACUCACGAGAAAUCUCCCGUCGUAGUAGACGUAACCAGCUCGCAACCCGUCGGUGACGACGGACCUCGAACCAAGUGCAACUUUCGAAUAGAAAAUUCACACAAAAUAAGUAUGAACGACACCUAAAGAGGG